AUGAGGAACUUGGGCUCGUCUUCCUCUGGAGGCAGUCAAUACAGUAGCCAAGAUUCAUAUUCCUCUGGAGCUAGCCAGUAUGGUGGACAUGGGUCAUCAUCUUAUGGAGGCAGCCAUUAUGGUGGACAAGGUUCACCUUCUUCAGGAGGCAGCCAGUAUGGAGGACAGGGUCCAUCUUUCUCAGGUGGCAGCCAUUAUGGAGGACAGGGUAUAGCUUCUUCAGGAAGCAGCCAGUACAGUGGACAGGGCUACUCUUCAGGAGGCAGCCAGUCUGGUGGACAGGGUGGAUGUGUAUGCCCCGGUGGAAGUUCAUAUGAUUGA